AUGACUAUUGAAUUUGAAUACCUAUCUGCCAUUGACUUCUUACUUCUUAUGGACAAUCUAGAUUCGUAUGACCUCAUCCGUCAAGAAUACUAUAUUAUUGAGCAGAACCUGACUAGUUUCGAAGAGUCUAAUGAUGUGCCUGACAACAAAGGGUACCGACAGCUGCUGCACCGAUUUCUUUGCUGCAUGAAAAAGUACCCUAGGGCUAAUUUUAUAGACGGUUAUGACGCGUACGACAGAGAGCAAAAGUAUAUUUGCGUAAGUGAUCCGGAAGCAGAAAACUGUGAGAAAUUUUGGGAAUCAGCCUGGUACCGUAAGGUGACUACCAUCGUGAACAUAUCACAAAGAGGAGAGGAAGAAUGCUAUCAGUAUUGGGGUUCCAGCAAAGGAAGUGAGAUAGAGUGUGGAGGGUUCAGAGUUAAGACUCUGAAAGUCACCAAGAGAACUCGUUUCAUUUCAACACUGUUACGCUUGUCUGACCGCGGAAACCACGAGCGUCAGAUUUGGCACUAUCAUUACACUGCUUGGCCAAUUAAUAACAGUGAAAAUGACCCAUUGAUGUUUUUGUCUUUUGUGUGCAGCCUGAAUGACACGUAUACUCUUUUUAAAAAAAAUCAACCGGCUGGUUGGAAGCCUGGGGUUAUUCUUAUUCAUUGCAAUGAUGGUACCAGUAGUUCGGCGGUAUAUUGUAUCCUGGACAUUUGUGUUACCCAAUUCAAAUACACAGGUACGGUUCCAGUAGCAAGCACUUUACAGAAAAUGCGACGACAAGCGCACAGCUGCUUGAAUUUUGACGCAGAUGACUAUAUUUUCUGCUAUCAAGCCAUUCAUGGUACCCAGUUACUUUCUGACAAUUCACCAGAAGAAAUGGAGUCCUUUGUGAUUGGCAACGUUUUUGGCGCUAGAAACAACAGUGGGGACAACUUUCUUCAUGACAUUUGCUACCAUGGGUGUUUGCCCCUGCUUCUACGAGCUGGAUGGUGGCUAGAUCAGACGCAUGAUUCUCUGUUGCAGCAAUUCAAUUAUGAAGGAUACCAGUGCGUCCAUAUUGUUGCACGACGUCACAGAGGACAAAAAGCAGUGCAGCUGCUGGAAGUCUUGAUGGACAUGGGAGCAGAUCUGAAUGCACCAGACAGAAGGUCAGGAAGUACUCCGCUUCACUUAGCUGUCAUCUAUGAGGAUUACGAGCUGGUAACUUGGAUGUGUCAGGAGACUAGUGUGAACCUAGAAUCUUGCGACUAUUAUAGCCUGACGGCCUACCAAGUCGCUUGGAAGAGAAAUGAUCACGAAAUGAUUAAAAUUUUUGAGAAAUUUGAUGCUGACUGUGACCAGCCGUACUCAAGUGAAAGUGAAAGUGAAAGUGAAAAUUAG